AUGGAGCCCCCAAGCAAUUCAGGAUAUGACAAUUACGGAUAUGCCCCACCCCCACCACAGCCGGAUCCUUAUGGGCAGCCGCCUUUCCCACAGCAACAACAACCGCCCAAUCCUUAUGGCCAACCUCCGGCUUUUGGUCAAUUUCCUGAUCAGUUUUCGGCCGCAUUCAAUAAUCCAAUUGUUCAGAGUUACGCGGAGGGAGUAAGUGAAAUCAGAUGCUAUGAUUAACUUCAUAGUUGAUUUUAAUUAAUUUCUACAUUUUUAGUACAAAAAGCAGAUCUAUGAGCAAUAUGUUGCUACUUCGGCUCAAACGCUCAAGUAUUACUUUGCCGUAGACACGAAUUAUGUGGUCAAGAAGAUCGGCUUGAUUAUGUGCCCAUUUUUGCAUAAAGUAAGUUGAUUUUCUUUUAUUUUCUUAUUCUGUCUCUAGGAUUGGAGCUCUCCACCAGGAGCAAAUGGCGAACAACCACCUCCGAAGUAUAAUAUCAACGCACCGGACCUUUACAUACCUGUGAUGAGCUUUUUGACCUACGUUUUGGUCGCUGGCUUCGUUUUUGGUACUCAAGAUAGGUGAGAUUUCGAUUUUUUUUAGUCUCUGGGAUUAAGUACGUUUAGUUUUACUAAAUUUGAGGUCUGACGGCAAAACUAACCUUGUAUUGUUGCAGAUUUGAACCCGAGAAACUGGGGUUACUCACAACGAACGCUUUGUUUUACCUCAUUCUCGAGAACCUGGCAAUUUUUGUCACAAAAUUUGUUUUGAACAUCUCUCAUACACUGAAUGUGUGGCAUUCGUUGAGCUACAGUUGUUACAAAUACGUUUCGUAAGUUCUUUGAACGUUUUUUUAUUGUAGAAGAUAUAAAUGUUUGAGAAAACAUGUUUUAUUUUUAGCAUGGUGUUUUGUCUGCUCUGCUUCUUAAUCGGUGGCCGAUCUCUGUACUACUGUGCAUUGGCCUACUCGAUUUUUGCGACAGUGUUCUUCUUGGUAAGUAAUGAAAUUUUUGUUAUUUUUUGGAGUUUAGGUGAAGUUAAGUGAUGUCUAAUGGUAAAAUUCGGAUGUCAUACUCUGUUUUGAGGAAUCAUUGCGCUGUGAUAAAUUUAUUUUUAUAUUACACUUGAUAUUUUCUUUUUUUUAGUUACGAUCGAUGAAAAUUUAUAUUUUGGACAUGGCAAAUCGAGGUGGAGAUCAAAAGAAACGGAAACUUUACCUUCUACUCUCAAUCACCCUCGUUCAAGGACUGAUAAUUUGGCUAUUAACCAGCAGUGUCACCAGUUAUAUGCCCGGAAAUUACAAUAUCGCAAAGAUGGCGUUGGACAAAAUUGGACUCAAGAAACAUGAAGUCCCUAUGACCCAUGAUGGCGAAGUAGACUAUGAGGCACUACUGAAGAUGGACUAA